UUAGUGUAUAGUAUUGUAUAUGUUAUGUAAUAAACUGUCAUUUGUGUAGUGAUUGUAUGUAUUGCUGGCACUUGUAGUUCACAAAUAAGUUGCACAACGAGUCUGAGUCUGACUGUUAAUACUGUUAUAACUGUUAACUCUUGUUAUGCGAAGUAUUGAAAUCUAAURUAUUAAACACUUAUUGUUUACAAACAUUACAUUUGAAUACAUAAUACAGAACUUGGCUUUUGUUUGAUCUCUGAAGACCAUUGACUUUGUCGACCAUUUAUUGACAUUUAUGAUCAUUAGUUGAUUAGAUUAGUCAACGAUUGACAUAUCAUCUGAUUAUUGUUUUAAUAAACUUAGACAACAACUACAACAACAAUAUAUUAUUUUCAUACAAUAUUAGCCAUUGUUUGUGAAUUUCUGUCAACUGAUAGCCCUCUUAUCGAUAGUUGUUUUAUAUAUAAUAAUCAUCUGAACCAUAGUCUUGAUAUCAUCAGAUCAUGUCUACAGAUCAGGUGUUAGAGAAUGAUAUAAAAUCUGAUCGAAAAUUGGUUCGGCGGUCGAGUUCGGGAGACACUUCGGGUCCCGACGACGACGACUACCAAAACCAGAUGAUUGAUGCUACGGAAGAGGACAAUACGGAUGCAACAAAUAAAGUGGAAGACAAACAACCGAUGACUACUGAAGUGUCACAGAAAGUGAUGGAAUCGACCAAAUACUUCGGAAAUCUCAUAUUUAGUGCCGCUUCUAAAGCCCGACAAACUAUGACCGCAACGGCCAAACAAAUUAAACAAACGGUAGAACACGCGGGCAUUAUGCAGGACUUCACUAAAGAACAACAACAAUUCAUUAAAGACCACGGAGGACACAUGGAAGUGGGCGUUACUCCGUGGGUCGGAUGUCACGACCCGGACGCUGUCAAACAAGAGAUACUCUCCCUUUCACAAGACAAACGCAACUUUGUCCGCAGCCCUCCAACUGGCGUACAGUUUAACUUUGAUUUGGACUCAUCCUAUCCCAUAGCACUGGCCCUUCUUAAGGAAGAUCCCAAUCUUAAUAAGAUGCGCUUCGAGAUUGUGCCCAAACUUGUCAAAGAAGAUGUGUUUUGGAGGAACUAUUUUUAUAGGGUUUCGCUCAUCAAACAGUCAACACAAUUGUCUUCUUUCGACAAGAAAGGUAGGAAAUCUUGGUCUUCCUCACGUUCCUCAUCUGCUGAGGGACCCGAUGAACCGGGAGAUGACCAAAGUCCCACUGGUGCUGAACCCGAGUUUAUAUCUGACGCAUAUCAAGGCACACAAGUUUCUGCUGACGACAUCCACAAAGAUAUCAAACAAAAUAAAAAUAAAGUAACCGAUGAUUUGGAAGAAGAGCUCUCCCGUGAUCUUCAAGAGUUCGAAGUAGUGGCCGGAGAUGCUGUCAAUAUUGAUGAAGAGGAACUGGAGAGAGAACUCGCAGAGAUGGACCUUAAAUAAUAUCUAUUAUAAAAAACAAACAGUUUCUGCUUUAAUAUUAGGAUUACCUUAUAUUUGAUUAAUUUAGGAAUUAAGUAUAAUUAAUGUUAAUUUUGAAAUAUACGGUAUAAUAUA